UGAACGAGAACCGCCGAUUCGGUCGCACCGAAAACAUGGCGGCGUAGAGACCGUUUUUCGUACAGAAACACGGACCAAAGCUCAGCGAACAGACGGACAAAAAAAACCAUUGUUGUGUUCAUCCGCGACGUCGACAAAUGACCGUCUCGCCGUGAAAGACAGUCCGUGUGCAUGCGGUAAUGUGAGUGCGCGUGCCGUUUUUUCGGAAAUUGUGUGAGAACGGUGGGUGAAGAGUGCGGAUUGAUCGGAUGCGAAACGGGCAUGCAGUCAGAUAAUGGGAGCGCAAACGACGAAGGAAAGGACCCCGACAGUCGGACACGCUCAACAUUCCGUCAAACAGACGAGGACUAGGCCGAGGCCCCAGAAAGAUGGACGGUCCACCGGAUCAAACAUCUUCACCGAGCACAGCGGUAAGCGUCCGUUCCAAGAUAAAUGGCUAGAAGAAGCCCUGCUGCAGAGCAGGCCGCUGCCCCACAUCCCGAGCAUCCCGGACACCGAUCCGCCGGGCACCCUUAACACGACCGGUACCCUCGGUUCCGGUGGCGGCGGUGGCGGCACGAUGGGCACGCUCGGCUCAUCAUCUUCGACAUCGGGCGUGCCCUCCACUCCGAUGUCCCUCGAAACGGCCAACAGGUGGACAUCGAAGGAGAACCUGCUGGCCCAGGAGGAGGACGAUCCCCAAUUAUUCGUCGCCCUGUACGACUUCCAAGCGGGCGGCGAAAACCAGCUCAGCCUGAAAAAAGGUGAACAAGUCAGGAUACUGAGUUACAACAAAAGCGGCGAAUGGUGCGAGGCCCACUCGCAAACUAACCAGGUCGGUUGGGUGCCGUCCAACUACGUCACGCCGGUCAAUUCUUUGGAAAAACACUCCUGGUAUCACGGACCGAUUUCGAGAAACGCCGCCGAAUAUCUGCUCAGUUCCGGGAUAAACGGCAGCUUCCUCGUCCGCGAAUCCGAAAGCAGUCCCGGACAAAGAAGCAUCUCCCUAAGAUACGAAGGAAGAGUUUACCACUACAGGAUCAACGAAGAUACGGAGGGAAAAGUGUUUGUGACGGCCGAAUCGAAAUUUAACACGCUGGCGGAACUGGUACACCAUCAUUCCAUGCUGUCGGACGGUCUGAUAACGCAACUCCUCUACCCGGCACCGAAACACAACAAACCAACCGUGUUUCCGCUCAGUCCCGAACCGGAUCAAUGGGAAAUCAAUCGCACCGAUAUCGUUAUGCGACACAAACUCGGUGGCGGGCAGUAUGGUGAUGUUUACGAGGCCGUGUGGAAAAGGUACAACAUGACCGUGGCUGUCAAGACACUGAAAGAAGACACGAUGGCUCUAAAAGACUUUUUAGAAGAGGCAGCGAUAAUGAAGGAGAUGAAGCACCCGAACCUCGUACAGUUGAUGGGCGUGUGCACGCGUGAGCCUCCCUUUUACAUCAUCACCGAAUUUAUGAGCAAAGGCAAUCUAUUAGAUUAUUUGCGCAACGGUAACAAAGAAAUCAAUGCGGUCGUUCUGAUGUACAUUGCCACGCAAAUCGCGAGCGGGAUGAGCUACCUCGAAAGCAGGAGUUUCAUACACAGAGAUCUGGCGGCCAGAAAUUGUCUUGUUGGUGAAAAUCAUCUGGUCAAAGUCGCCGAUUUUGGACUGGCGAGACUGAUGCGGGACGACACUUACACCGCACAUGCCGGUGCAAAGUUCCCAAUCAAGUGGACAGCACCGGAAGGUCUGGCCUACAACAAAUUCUCAACAAAAUCGGACGUUUGGGCGUUCGGUAUCUUGUUGUGGGAGAUCGCCACUUACGGAAUGUCUCCGUAUCCCGGUGUCGAUCUAACCGACGUCUAUCACAUGUUGGAGAAAGGCUACAGGAUGGAGUGUCCACCCGGAUGUCCGCCGAAAAUUUACGAUCUAAUGAGGCAAUGUUGGCAGUGGCACGCGAACGACAGGCCGACAUUCAAAGAGAUCCAUCAUUCGCUCGAGAAUAUGUUUCAGGAAUCCAGCAUAACUGAAGAGGUUGAGAAACAAUUACAAGUUAACGAACCGCCUCCAAUUCCUUUAGGAACUCCACACAUGUCCUAUAAAAAGUCUCACUCCGGUAGUACCGGAAAUAUUCACGGACUCGUCGGAGUUUCGGAUCAAGAAGUAAGUCUGACAACCAAACUGUCGACAUUCACCGGCGGUUCAAAAAAUAACAUGGUUCAAAUGAGAAGAACGACGAAUAAAAAGGGCAAGCCUGCUCCGGCUCCACCGAAACGUACAAGCUUGCUCUCUUCUUGCAGUUCGUUCCGCGACAGCACGUUCGACGAUCAAGGACAAGGCGACAAUGCAGGCGAAGACGGCCAAGAAUUAAACGGUAUUAAAAAAAGAUUUAAAGGUUUAACAAGGGAAUUACAAAACUUGACUGCAAGCACAAAAGGUGACAGCGAAAGUGACAUUCAAGAUCAAACUCCAGACACUGACGAUUCAGGAGCACAUUCUUAUCCAGAAGUUUCAACUGUUGGUUCAUUUAAACGCGCUCCCAUGAUAGGAAGUCGCGUCCUGGAAUCACGCGGCAAACGUACCAAAGGAAAAGACUCAUCUCCUGCUGUGCAGGUCGCCGCCCUGGAAGUUCAAAACGUGCGGAAAGCAAUCAGCCGAUACGGCACGUUACCGAAAGGCGCAAGGAUCGGCGCUUAUUUGGAAUCGUUGCAACAGAUCGGCAUGUCUUCCUCUUCGACCGAAGAACCGGCACAGGCCGUGAAUCCGGCGGUUGAACACUCGGAAAUAACGCCGCGUUCACUGUCGCCGCGCACCAGCAUCAGAACGCAGCCACAGAUGAUACGCAGCAACUCUUCCAGCGGUGUAACAACGUUCCACGCCACCCAUCCUCCAAGCUCACCCACCUCCUCCAAAUUGUCUAGGAACAGGAACAUAACAAGAAACAAUUCUGGUGCGGGGGACAUCAGAGGCAGUCUGAGGACGUUUAAGGGGGUGCAGAACAGCAGUUUCAGGGGUGGAAGUCCGAACAGAUCGAUACAACCUACCCUGGCCGAUCUUGAGUUUCCACCGCCUCCCACUGAUCUGCCUCCACCUCCCGAGGAAUUCGACGCCGCCGACAGCAUCAUGACACACUCUGCCGAACAUAAAAAGAAAAUUUUUCCUGUCUCCCCUUUGACCACCAAAAAAAUUAGUCGGGAUCAGAAUGCAAACGGGGCAGGGGACGUAAGUACGUUGCAACCGUCGGUGGAAGAGGCCAGCUCCAGGUUUGGGGUCAGUUUAAAGAAGAGGGAGACAACGACGACGACCUCGACGACAGACAAUGGAAAGGACAAGGAAGAUAAGGAGAAAAGUCCGCAGCGGACGAGUUUGAGUCUGACUAGUCCUAGCCAGGAUGGUAAAAGUCCAAUGAGUGUUGAUUCCGAUGUUCCUUUAGUUGGUUCUCCGCUUGAACCUUUGCCACCUCCACCAACCCUAUCCGAAAAUCAUGAUGAAGACGGUGACGAGAAGGAGAACCGCAACGAUUCCGACGACAAUAAAUCCAAAGUGUUCAAAAACAUAAAACGCGAAAUGGAACUAAAACUUGUGGCCGAAAUUAAGGAAAAAGCUGACCAGAAACAGUGCAAGAACCCGAAGGAGUCCCCCCUCGACACCCUGUUGGCUGUGAGUGGCAUCAGUCACGAUCCCGUAGCUCAAUUAGUUUCCGAACUGUCUCAAGCUUUGCACGUCGAAAAGGAGCCGGAGAAAAAGGAGGAAAAGGACAAGAAUUUAGUGAGGAAAGGUUCACAAGGCAACAUCGUGCCUUUGACGUCGAAAAACACAGAUAACAACGGUGUGACUUUCGUAUCGCAGCUCAAGAAAGCGGCAACCAAAGAAAAACCGGACGUGAACGAAACACCUUUGAUAAUCGAUUUCAAAUCGAGACUGCGAAAGGUGGAGAACAGUGAUAAGAAAGAGGAGGACAACGAAGUAGAGACUAACAAGAGAGAAAGCACUGCGAGUUCCGAUAGCGGCAACUUGAAAAUCGAAGAGGGUGACGACAAGAGGAAAAGUACUGGUAGUAUAAGUAGCCUUAAGAAAUUGUGGGAGAGCAAAGACCCGACCGACAAUGGCGCUAACGUUCAACUCAGCCCGAAACUGUCGGUCAAGAACAACAAGGACGAAAUCAUAGAAACAUCGCCGAUCGAAUCGUCGGACGAUUCCGUGAAGAAAAAGUGGCCGCCGAACAACGACGACAAACCGAUAAUACCGACGAAACCGCCGGUGAAGGCGGUCAAACCGACGAUCGCGCGCACUCCGGGUUCGGCCAUUUACGCGACGCCCAACGCCAAACCACCCAUAUCCGCCAAGCCGACUCUCGACAACAAAACGCCCGAGGAAGAGACCAAGAAUAACGCCUCGGACAAAACCGGCAAGGACAACAUACUGGAGAUCUCCCAGACAUUGGAGACGACCCUCAACACUAUCAAAACGAAUCCCAGCGUCUCAAGCGCGACCUGGUUGCAAGUCUCGGACAAGAUCGGUCUGUUACACGGCUCGUGUAUGGAUUACGCGGACAAUGUGGUGCCGCCUCACGCCAAAUUCCAGUUCAGGGAACUGCUGACGAGACUCGAGAGUCAAGCGUUACAAUUGCGGUCGGCCGGUUCGAGGAACACGACGGAGAACAGGGCGUACAUUAACGAAGUCAGCAACACGAUCAAGGAUGUUGUCAACGUAGUUUUUCGAUAGACGGUUGCGGCGGUAUUGAUUGCUUUUUUUAGAUGGUCGAACAAAAAUUCAAUCUAUCAAUUCGUUGUGCCUCAAAUUUAAUUUAUGAUGAUGUAGUUUAAAAUUAUAAAAAGUAUUUUGGUACUUUGUUUAGUAAUUGGCUAACUUCCAAUCAUGCCCUAAAAAUAGAAUCGUUUCAAAUAAAAUUGAUGAAUUCAUAGACUGAAUUUUCGAUUGAUCGAUCAUCAUUUUAUUUAUCCUAUUAAUACGUAUGUAUCCGACUGUUAGGACCACUAUAUUUAAUAAUUUAAUUAGGUAAGUCAAGCAUUUAUCAAAUUUCGGUAUGUAUGUGGUGGUAGUAUUUCCAAAUGCGUCGAUUUUUUUAAUUUUUGGACAAUGUUUGUGAUAUAUACGUAAUCGACAAUACGAUUUCCUGUACAUACCUGUUUUGUUGUAUUGUGCAAUACUUUACAUUUGUCUUUAAGCUAUUAAAAAUAUCCACAACAAUUAUGAUAAAUUCAAGGCAAAUAUAAAAUUGAUUUAAUUGACGUUCCUAAUUUAUAAUCAAAACAACCUUUUUUAUAUUAAAACAACGAUAUAUCACAAACAGAUUCUUUUAAUUUUCACUAAACUGUGAUACCAUUAGAUUAUUUUAGCAUUACAUGCUCAAUCGUAACUUAUUACUUUUAUCUGUCACACUAUUUUGUUUCUUUCGUGUGUAAAUUUUUUACUGUGGCGACGUUUUCAGUUACAAACGUGCGACUCGCAGUUUUUGUAUUAUUUUAUGAAUUACUUGUUCAAUUAUCAACAUUUUUUCCCGGUUUUGACUCGGGUUUGAGUGUUGAUAAUGACGAAUAUGCUAGUCUUAUUAUUUUGUAAUAUAUUGUUUGAAUGUGUGAGUGUCCAAUAAAUAGUCGUUAAGCGAAAUACUGAUAUAAUUAUACAUUAGACUUACUUCAUAAGGAUAUAAAUUUUGUACAAUCCAAAGAUAAACAUACCCAAAUUUCGUAGAGCGAGUUUCUAAAUUCCAUUUUCCAUCACUUGAUUGUGUUUUUCUCAUUAAUGAAUGCAAAUUCUGGAAGUUAAUACCAAUACAAUUUUUCAUUUGAGUUUGUAAAUAAAUUGUCUACAUUAUAUUUGUUUAAUUGAAAUUUAGAAAUAAAAAUGAAACACAUGAAAGUGGUGUCAGGAUUUAGAAAUAUUUUUUGUUUAUAAUAAACAUGCUCAUUUUGUACGCCUGAAAAUGUAUUACAUUAACUUGAAUAAAGGCUGCAGGUUGUAAAACGUUUUAUACAAGAUGUUUCAAAACACUUAGAUGUUCGUUCACACAUUUCAUAUAUUUUCGUAUCGAUUUUUUGAAACGACUUGUGUAUUACGGUGAAAUAUUUAUGCUUCUGUGUGUAUUUUCAACAUAACUACAACGAUAUACUCAAUAAUUGUGCAAAAAUAGAACCAGUUAAAAAAAUAGCUACUAAAUAAGUGUUUAUGUUUGUUUAUUCAUUUAUUAGAGAUUCUGAAUCGUAUUUAUUCCUUCCCUUAUAAAAUGUAUGGCAAGAUUUUCUCGUCAUUAUAAAUCCUAUUUGUGCCAUUUUCGCUAAAAAAUCAUACUCAACGUAUAAUUCUAAAAAAAAAUACUUUCCAAAUAGGUAGUUUUUUAAUUUUCGAAAUGUGAUUGGAGUGUAAACAUGACCCUUUUUAAGUCUGCACUAUCAAUAGAUUAGUAUUGUUUUGUAUUGAGUACUUUUGUCGGCAGUUUUGAUAUUUUUUGUAUAUAUCUAAUGCUGCAUUUUUGUACAGGCUUUCUAGAUAGGGAAUAACAGACUGUAUCUAUUUAAAAAUAAAUUUGCUAAUUUAAAGUA